GUCGACGAUAUCGCAGUACCGCCUGAAUUAGAUAGCUGCUGUACCUAUCUAGUGCAAUAUUAUGACAUUCUUGAUCAUAAUACUUAUAAUAUUAAAUAUGAUCAGCUAGCUUAAGCUAGCGAUGCUUAUUAACUAUAAUAUCAUGGUUCAAAUAUGGUCCAGCUGCUUCGUUCAAUAUAUCAUAUUGAUCAAUUGGACCCGUGACUUGUUUGUAUGUGCUAUAUCAUGAACGUACCUGGUUUGAGCUAAUAUUUAUAUUCGCCUGCACUUAUAAUAGAAGCUGUACCAAGUACUAGUUCAACACAACGUUACAUGGUAAUUAUAAUUAUUAUCGACGACGUCAACCUCAUUUAUAGCAUCAACAACGUUAAGCAAAAAAACCUUUCACGCAUGCAGGCAUUAAUCAACUUCCCGAGACUAGUGGCUAAGCAAUGUCAAAUCAACAAUAGAAAACAGGGAUCAGGAAAUUUUACCAGAAAAGCAAUACUGCUUCUAAAAAAAGACUGUACAACAAAGUUUAUUUUAAUACUUUCUACUCAUUAUAUGUAGGUUACUUGACCUUUUUAUUUUAACUUUCUCAAUGCUUCCUCAGACCCUUAGGUUUUUGAGGUCCCUUUCAAGAUUAAGGGUCUGGCGACUGGC